UUUUUUUAAAUCGAAAUAUAUAAAUUCCCAAAUGAUCACCCCUAACUUUUAUAUGUUUAGUAUUAGAAUCGAAUUUUUCUUUGGAACGUGUUUGAACCGUCUUUUUAAUGGGUCGCUCGUCUCGAACGCGAGUCAAGACUGCGGUUCCUCACGUCUGUUGUGGUGGCGUUUGACUUCCGGCCGAUGACGUUAGCCAACACGUCACGCCUCAGCCGCAAUCUCUUGUUCCGACACGGAAGCUUCGAUCCGACCCAUGUUGCCUUGUCUCUUCGAUGCGAAAAACUGAUCGACGACCUCAAAUCAUGCAGGAACGUCGUCGAAGUUUCUCAAAUUCAUGGGUACAUGGUGAAAGCGGGACUUGACCAGGACUCUUUCGCCAUUAGCAAGCUUCUUGCUUUCUCCAUCCAAGACAUUCGCUAUGCUUCAUCGAUUUUCGGACAUGUCUCUGACCCUAACCUCUACAUGUUCAACACCAUGCUCAGAGGCUACUCGAUCAGCGACGAGCCGGAGCAAGCUUUUCGCCUCUUCAACCGUUUGAGAGAAAAAGGCUUCACCUUGGACCAGUUCUCUUUUAUCCCAACUCUGAAAUCGUGUGCUCGCGAAUCGGCCAUUGCAAUGGGACAAGGAAUUCACGGGGUUGUUUUGAGGUCUGGGUUCAUGUCAUUCACUGAUUUGAAGAACGCUCUAUUGCAUUUCUAUGGCAUCUGUGGAAGAUCCAACGAUGCCCGGAAGCUGUUCGACGAAAUGCCGCAUAAGAAUGAUGUUGUUUCAUAUAAUACCUUGAUGAAUGGAUAUCUUCAGGUUUCUAAGCCUGAAUUGGUCCUCGACUUGGUUAGGAAUAUGCGUGAGAGUGAGGUGGCUGUUAAUGUCGGUACAUUGUUGAGUGUUCUUUCCGCUACGGGUGAUGUAGGAGAUUUGUCCGGAGGAGAAUCUGUCUACGGAUUGUGUAUCAAGACAGGUCUUGAUUCCGGCUUGAAUCUGAUCACUGCAUUGAUUGGUAUGUACGCUAAAACUGGGAAUAUCGGAUUGGCACGCAGGAUUUUCGAUUCAGCUGUUGAAAAGGACGUUGUGGCAUGGAACUGUAUGAUUGACAAAUAUGCCAAAAUGGGUCUCCUUGAAGAGUGUUUAUGUCUACUGAGGCAGAUGAAGCAUGAACAAGUGAAACCCAAUUCAUCUACAUGUGCUGGUCUAUUGUCAUGUUGUGCGGUUUAUGAAGCCCCAUAUAUGGCUCGGAUUGUUGGAGAUUUCGUGGAAGAGGAAGGAUUAGCUCUGGAUGCCGUUCUUGGAACCGCGCUCAUUGAUACAUAUGCCAAGAUCGGGUUUCUUGACAGAGCUGUAGACAUUUUUGACAGAAUGGAGAAUAAGGAUGUGAAGACAUGGACUGCUAUGAUCUCAGGUUACGGAGCUCAUGGACUAGCAAGAGAAGCUAUAACUCUAUUUCAUAAGAUGGAGGAGAUAUGUAGAGUGAAACCGAAUAAGAUUACCUUUCUGGUGGUCUUAAAUGCUUGUAGCCAUGGAGGAUUGGUAAAGGAAGGGAUCGAAUGCUUCAAGAGGAUGGUUGAUGAGUACGGGAUCAUACCAAGUGUCGAGCAUUACGGGUGUAUGGUCGAUCUUUUGGGCCGAGGAGGGAUAUUAGGGGAAGCAUACGAUCUUAUAAGGGGUUUGCCCAUCAGAACCGAUUCAAUAGCUUGGCGUUCUUUGUUAGCUGCUUGUAGGGUUUACGGGAAUCUAGUAGUGGGCGAACGUGUGAAAAUGGCAUUGGUGGAAAUGGGUGAGAGACACCCGACUGAUGAUCUACUUCUGUCCGGAGCUCACGCUGUUGCUGGAAAUUUUCAAGAACAGCAAAAACCGUUAAGUUAUGAGGUUUAUACCGAGAAAAAAGAAGCUGGAUACAGCAAUGUAGAAAUGGAAUAAAUCUCUUGGUGAAGAAAGAAAAAUCUAAAGUCGCCCCUCGGUAGAUAUGCAAGAAAGUGAAAAAGGCGAAAAGAAUCCUACGAGAUUAUGAU